AGUGGGAGUUUACAGGAAGCACCUGAACGUACCACAGCAUUACCAGCACUCCAGCGGCCGCGAACAGAGAAGAUGCAGACUAUAAAGUGUGUGGUGGUGGGUGAUGGUGCUGUGGGAAAGACCUGCCUGCUCAUCUCCUACACCACCAACAAGUUUCCCUCUGAAUACGUCCCCACGGUGUUUGAUAACUAUGCAGUGACAGUGAUGAUUGGAGGAGAGCCGUACACUCUGGGACUGUUUGACACCGCAGGUCAGGAGGACUACGACAGACUGCGACCCCUCAGCUACCCUCAGACCGACGUCUUCCUCGUCUGCUUCUCCGUGGUAUCGCCGUCCUCCUUUGAGAAUGUUAGAGAGAAGUGGGUGCCAGAGAUUUCACACCACUGCCCCCGGACGCCAUUCCUGCUGGUCGGGACUCAGGUGGAUCUGAGAGACGACAGCAACACUCUGGAGAAACUGGCCAAGAACAAACAGCGAGCGUUGACCUGCGAGAGCGGAGAGAAACUGGCUCGUGAGCUCAAGGCCGUCAAAUACGUGGAGUGUUCAGCUCUGACACAGAGGGGACUGAAGAAUGUUUUUGAUGAGGCCAUCCUGGCAGCUCUGGAGCCUCCAGACAACAAACCCAAGAAGCGCUGUGUCCUGCUAUAGACGCCACGAGAGCAGGAGAAAGUGGAGGUGGACGGGGAAGAGAUAAACCCUGUUGGGAACAGAGGGAGGGCGAACGGAAGGGAGGGGGGAGGGGGGGUGUGAUGGUGGAUGUGGUAGACACAUGUUUAAACAGUGCCUUCAGCCAUAGUGACUUAAUGUCGGCGUGGCGUUGGAAUGGACACAGGCUUCAUUUUCAUCCUAGCUGCGUGUCACUAUAAUACGACUAACACAUUUGAACAACACUCCUAACCAGGAACCUGGGUUUUAUUAAUAGGAGGAGGCAGGUUGAGCAGUAGAGAGGUUUGAAUCUCAGACGCCUUAAAGAUACAAACGGUGGAUGGAGUCACGGUUACAGCGGAAACCGGCAGCCGCCUUCUCAAAAAGGUUUCCACUCAAAUUAUUCAAGUCUCAAAGUUCAGGAACUGUACAAACUGUGUGAAAAACGUUUAGUGAAAAAAGAACACGUGGUUAGUGAAAGCAGACGUAGAUUGUUCAGCUGAUAGAUCAACAGUAAACAACAGACCUUCAGAGGAUUUUCAGAGUUAUUGUUAAAAAGAAAAAAAGGAAUCUUCUAAUGAGCGGUGGCUGUAACUUGACUUCAUCCACAUCAGUGGAAUGAGACUCGGUUUGCUUAGAGCAAAAUUGACAAAUUAGAGUUUCGGUAGAGCUUUACUGACUUCUGCUUUCAGUCUAAAAGACAUAACACACACACAUGCACACACGUAUGUGCAGUAGUAAAUAAAUAAAUAUGCCGACGUGCGUAUUUGCAGUAAUCUAACAACAAGAGUGAUGAGCGAAGUUGCGAACUCGACAUCCUUGCUAACGUGUGGAUGUCAGAAAUAAAAAAUUCCAACCUUUUAGUUGGAUCAUAAAAUGGUUGGGUUUCCUCCAGAUGUCUGUCGGCAUGAAAGACGAAUGAUCACUAACAUUUGGAGUCUCCGAGUUUUCACCUGACAACAGAAACUUUGAUUUAUUUGGCGAACGUUGUAAUCAAACCACAGACACACACAUUUGCACAUAACAGCACAUUUUGUUGUCGUUACGGCCUCGUCUUCACGAAAUCCUUUUCUCUGCCUUCACGCUGCCUUUUCUGUCUCCUGACGUCUCACUUUGGACAUGUCGCGUCCUGAAUCACUCAGACUCCAUUGAAAGCUCAGAACCACACACCACCUAACACGGAGUAUUCAGUUAAUGUGUGACACGCAGGAUUUUAUCAUCAAGAAAUCAAUACUACACAAAUUUUGAGACAAUUUCAUGUUUGCCACAAACAAACAAGCCUCUGCGCUGCGUUUUCGAUUGUGAGUGAACUCUGCUGUGUCGCAGAAAGGGCGCCUGGAACAGCCUGAAACUCCAGAACUGCACGGUUUUAUGUAGGAAAAAAAAAAUCAGUCUUCAGUUGAAUGCUCCGAGUGGUAAUUAAACCCAGGGUUCACAGUUAAAAGGACGUCGCUUUAGUUCUACUCAGACAUCAGCUGGUGACAGUAGUAGUUCUUACGGUGGCUUCAUGUUUUGUGUGUGUGCAGUGAGACUUCCAGCUGCCACAGAGGUUGACUGUAAAAUGCCUUCAAAUAUUUCCUUUCCUGCUCGAGAGCUCUGCAGCCUUGUUGCUUCAAACCAGUCAGAUCCUGUGUGAAAUGCUUCUUUUAAUCCUUAAAUUUUUCAUUUUGCGGCUGGGCCAACGUGUCAGGAAAGUUUAUGCUUUGAAUUCUACUUUUCUACUCUGAUGCUGUUGUGGUAGCAAACAUUUCUCACACACCACCUCCUCAUAAACUGUCCACUCCUGCUUCUCUCUGCUCCUGACUCGACUGGAACCUCAAGUGCUCGUAGGUGUGUUAGCACCUCCUGGAGGCCUUAGAGGGGAAUACCGCUCAGUUUAAAGGUUCAUCUGUGUUGUUUCUCUGGCCAGCAGCAGACUAUCAGCGUUUGCUGACACGAUCGAACCUCAGAUCUUAGACUUGAAUCCAUAAUGAUGCCAUGAGUUAUACCAUCCGGUGUGUUUAAGCAGCUUCACAGACGUUUGGACUGUGAGGAUUCGUUUUACGUUGCUGUCGUCAUUUUCAAAUAAACCCUGUCCAUCAGAAAAUCCUCUCUCUAUCUCUCUCUCUCUCUCUCUCUCUCUCUCUCUCUCUCUCUCUCUCUCUUCAUAUAUACUCUCCAUUUAUACAUAUGUAUAUAUAUGUAUAUAUAUAUAUACAUACAUAUAGAUAGAUGGAGAGAGAGAGAGAGAGAGAGAGAGGGCGUCUUUCAUGUUUUCUAACACUGAUUGUCCUGUGCCAAGGUGACAACAGUUCAGAUCUUUAAACUGAGGGUAUUUCCCCAUUAAAAUGAACUAAAAUUCCACUUUCUUAUAUAUUUUUUCCAUUUUUGUGGAGAUGACGGUUUAUUCUGAUAAUGUAUGAAUGAUUACAAGUAUUAUAUUUUUUUCUUUGCUCCUUAUUGUUUCUUGGGGGACAUUAUUUUAGCAGUUUUUUGGACACUUUAGUUGUUUUGUUUUUUUUUUUUUUUGUACUAUUACUUGAUGGUUGAGUGCCAACAGCUUGAGUGAGAAUCACUGGCCUGGUUUGUCAAACUAAACGAUCCUGAUAAUAAGCUUCUAAUGACAGAAAAAAAAAACAGCUUAAUAACAGCUGAAGCAAUAAUUACAGACGUGGAAAAAUCUGCUCUGUAUUGAAAGAAUGUUGGAACUAGUGGGUGUUUGGAAAUAAUAAAAACAGUACUUGAA